AUGAGUUUUUUAUAAGAAGCAAAUUAAAUUUUAGAUGCUAUCUUUGAUAAAAUAUAGAGAAGCUAGAAUGAUAGAAUAAUUAAAAAUGUAAAGGGUUUGAAUGAGGAAAUAAAAAAGAAUAUAUCCGAAUUAGAUGAAAAAGAAGCUGAUUUAAAUAUUAAACUGAUCUAUUUAAAGAAGUUAUUGAAAUUAUAUUCAUUUGCUGAAAAUCCUAAUAACCUCAAAUAGGUUUGGAAAUAUUUCCAAUUCAAUAUCUAUUCAUAAUAGGAUUAAUUUAUGGAAUUGAUUUAAAACCUACCUUAAUUGAUACAAUAGCACUUAUAAUAGAAAAUUUUGACUUUUAGUUCAUUUAUUAAUUAGAGUAUUACAGAAUUAUUCCCUCAUUAACUUGUUUCAUUUAAAAUAAAACUAUAAGAAGAAGAAUAGAAUUUAUAAGAAAAUGCUGAUUAAGAGGAUUGUGUGGGAUGUAUAACUUAUGUUUCUCCAGAAGUAUAAAAUGAAAAAAUCUUUAGAAUAACAAUGAAAUUGAAAGAAUUUAUUAGUAAAGUUAAAAAAUUAGAUUAAUUGAUUGUUGAAGGUAAUUUAGAUGCUGAGAUUUUAAAAUUAACUUUAGAUAAUUAAAAGAAAUAAAUUACAUUAUGGAGUAGAGAUGAUUAAAUUAGCUAUUAGAUUACAAGAAAGUAUUUAAUUUAUUGAUAAUAAGAUUAACUCUUGAUGAUGUACCUUAAUUUGAGUAAAAGAUUUACUUACAAUAAAAUAUGGUAAUUUAAUUAACAUAAAAAUUUCAAUUAUUUGUAAAGGCUUGUUCUUAUGGUAAUAAAAAAUCAGAAGAAAUUAAUUAAAAUUUUACUCCUUUUUUGACAGGUUUAGAAAAAAAUAAAAUUAUUAAGCCUAUCUUAAAUAAAGAGAACCAAAAUUGGAUAGUUAUAAAUAAUGGAUUUGAGGAUGUGAUAUAUUAUCCAAAUUAAAUACCUUUAAAAAUUUCAUAAUACUAAACACUUCCAAAAGGUAUAGAAGUAAUAUUAGAAAAUGAUGGUGCUGGUCAUUACAUUGCUGUUGUAGGUAAUUGUUCUUCUUUCUGGCCUAGAAUUAAAUGUAAGUAAAAGGGAGAUUAAUUAUUGUAAUUUAUUACAAAACAAGACAAUUUUAAUUUAGGAAUUAUUUACUAAAAUAAUUUUAGAUUAUUAUUAAACUCUGAUUUAAUUUCAGUUUGGAAUGGCUCAGGAUUAUUUGAUUUAUGA